AUGACCACAGCUACGCACCACCAGCACCAACCACCACAACCCCAUCUCGGCUUCGUUGUCGAUACAUACGACCCGGAUGACGUGGUUCCUCGAGGAAGUCCUCUCAUGACCCCGCUUCGUCCAAAGCUCGAGCCGUCUCCAAGUCCUCCCCCAGAUAUUCCUGCAGCUCAAGUUCGUCCCACUUCUGGGGAUGCUGUCCUAGUCGCAUAUCUCGACAAUGGACGCGAUCCCGAUAUAGCACGAGAAGCUGCCCGCGAGAGUCUUCCCGGCGACGAAGACUCACCGGAUGAAGAGCCACGGCGAGAACAGGCAGUCGACGGCAAUCUCAUAAGCGGGCCUCUGCUCCAGCACCUGGCCGCUGACGCUCUACAGGCUGCCUCUAUUGCGACAGCACCGCCGUCUCUCGCCGCCUCGGUCCCAAAAACGAUCCCCGAUAUAUCUAUACCGACUGGGCAGCUUUCUAUCCACGACGAGCCCCCGAUCAACGGUUUGUCUGCACCGCGAUAUAUUUCCGGUAAUAGAGUCACGUCACCACUGAUAUCUUCCUCUAAUGGACCCUUGCCGCCUCUUCAUCACGGAGUUCGCGCACCAGCAGGCGAGUCUAAGGAGACUCUUCCAUCGCAGUCUCUCCCGUCUCUUCGUUCGACGUUUGGUGAGCUCCGAGACUUACACCCAGAGCGUCCAUCCGAGCAGGAUCUUGGCCGUGUCCCCCCAGGUCUAUCCUCCACUUUCCCUACUUCUCCAGCUGCAAACUUAGGACAUAGGUUUAGUUUGAAUACUAAUAUCCCAUCGUCGCCCCGUUCACCCCCAGAUGGAUACCGAACACUCUCCCCUCACUCUGCGCCAAGUGCGAGUAUGCAUUAUUAUCCGACAAAUGGUAAUCACCCUCGCGCUCCGACCGAAUACAGUAGCAGCAAUGCUGGCGAGACUCCGAACACCGAUCACUCUGCUUCCACCCCUGCCACAUCAACCUCAAUCAACUCAGCCUCAAUUACUGAUAGGAUGAGUAUUGAUGGGAUCACACAUCCGCAGCCUCUUUCCGGCUCAUAUACGUGCACGGUUACCGGAUGCAAUGCGGCGCCUUUCCAGACUCAGUAUCUCCUCAACUCUCACAUGAAUGUACACUCAUCUAUACGGCCACACUAUUGUCCAGUCAAAGGCUGUCCAAGAAGUGAAGGGGGCAAGGGCUUCAAAAGAAAGAAUGAAAUGAUAAGACAUGGCCUGGUUCAUGACUCCCCAGGCUACGUCUGCCCCUUUUGCCCGGAUAGGGAACACAAAUAUCCACGCCCAGAUAAUCUUCAGCGACACGUCCGUGUUCAUCAUAUAGAUAAAGACAAGGACGACCCGCAACUGAGAGAUGUUCUUGCUCAGCGACCAGAUGGACCUAACCGUGGUCGAAGAAGACGCGGCCCACCGGCGUAA